UGUGGAAAACGAGCAACACUUUCACAUUUUGUGUUAGAUUUUCAGCAACACUAGAAGUCUAGAACCCUCUCUAAACCCUUUCAAUGAGUUUCCCGCCAUUACUCUCUCCUCCAGUUCUUCCUUAGCAAAGUGCUUUCGUACUCUUCUUCCCUCAAUCGCCACUGGUGCGAUGAAGACAACAGUUAGUUCAAGGGAUAUACAGGAGAUCGUCACCAAGCUAUCUUCCGAUAAAGUGAAAAUUCGAGAAGAUGGAAUGAAAUUGUUGAAUACAUGGUUAGGAGGUGAAAGGUCGAUAAAUCUCUGUCAAUUUCUCAAUCGUAAGACUGCAAUGCUUAAACCAGAUGAAAUUCCUGGAUCUGAAACUUGGCCGUUUCUUGUCUCUUUGCUGAUUGAUUGCACAAAUAAGGAGAUAUCGGCAAGUAAGAGGCGGUUGCCGAAGUUGAUGUUUGCUAAAACUCUUCGGAUUGUGGUGCAAAGGGCCCAGGAUAGCAAGGGUUAUGGGAACAAUCUUCCGCUUAUUGCGGUUGUGAAGGCUCUCUUUAAUCACAUUUGGGAUGUUUUAAAAGAUGUUCCAAGCUUUCACUCUGAAUACUCUAUUAUCCUGCGGCAUAUUCUGGGAGUCCAAGAUUAUUGUUUUCACAUGAGAAAUCGCGUCUAUUCUGGACUUGUGCGUCUGUACAUGGAAAAAGUUGAACCAAGUGUAAUGGAGGAGGAUUCUUGUCACUCUAAUCAUCCGAAAGAAGAGGUCUUCCGCUGUGUUUUGACACUACAUUCUCUAAUUGAAAAUCCUCCAGGGGAUUUUCCUGAUCAUCUAAGAGAAACAGUAGUUGUGUUCUUUAUUGAGAUCUUUAAAUCUAUGAGGGAGGUUGGGAGGAUUUCGCGCAAGCUAACUGAGUGUCUAAAUUCGUACUUGUUAAAAGAUGGUCCAAAUCUGGGACGUCAGUCCUUGGAUGUUUAUAAAUCUGUGAAGCGGUUUGUAUUUGAUAAUUGGCAUAUUGCUGAUCGUGAGCUCAAGGAGGGUUUCAUUUUGUAUAUGAAGUUACAGCUAAAUUUAAUGAGAGUGAAUGAAGAUGAAGAGGAAGACAAAGAUAAAGACGGUAUCCCUUUAGUGGAACAACUUCUGGAGGUACUUAGUAAGGAGCUAGAUCAAUACAGUAUGCCCAGCAUUGCUGCAUCACGGCCUGACACAUCAAAAGAGGAAAAGUUCGGUAUGUUGGCAUGUACUCAUCGCAGUCUACUGGAGCUAGCAGCACUUGUUUUCUAUCGGGCAUGUACUGGUGUGAUUAAAAGACCAGUAGCUGAAAAACGAGCUAGGAGGGAAAAUGCUGCUGCCUACUUGCAAGAACAGUUGACAAGAGGAAAAUGGUUGUGGCACGCUGUCUUUUGUCAUCUAUGUCAUAGCUAUCAAACUCGCUUACCUGAGGAUCUUUUUGCAUACUGGUUUGAUGGCAUAUGCUCCAGUUUGGAGAGAAUCCUGUUUGAUGCCAAUGUGGAUCAUUCUUAUGACGGUCUGCUGUGGACACUACGGAGCUUACAUCAACUCUCGAUGUUGCUUGUGCCCCUAGUGACUGUAGAGAAGGGCUCGCUGAAGUCACCUUCAAUCUCAAACAAGAUUGUCCGGAGUUGGCAAACAGUGUGGAGCUGCCUUGUACAUGGUUUCCCGAAGUUCAGCAACAUCUCUUCUGUUGCAGAUGCUGCUUUCAGAUUGCUUGGAUAUUUGGUCUCACAUGACAUACUGAAUAUGACAGAAGUACCUCAGGAUGUUUGGGACCUUCAAUGUUUCAGACGUAUCUCAUCUCCGUCUGCUCUGUACUUCAUUUCAUGUUAUUUCUCCAGAAAAGGUUCCCAAGGUGAUUUACGCGACAACUUGUAUCUUAGACAAAAUAUACUGAGAGGAGUUAUGAGUAUUGUCAACACAAGGGAGACUCUCAUGUUGGAUGAGCAUGUGGUUGUACUGUUCCCAGCAGCCAUUUACGCAAUAUGUGUGGGACUUUCUAUUAUUAAAGAUCAUUUUGGAGGGUUUUCAUCUUAUUGCAACGUAGAUGCUGCUGGAAAGGAAGCCGACUGGCUUAGAGUAAUCUAUGGAGAUCAGCAGAAGCAAGAGGAAUCUGAUGAACAUUUUGAUUGUUUUGUCCAUGUCCUUGCAGAAAUCAAUUUCGAUAACCAGAACAAGGUGCCAUUAUCUGGUAACGCUCGAGGUGUGCGUCUCCCACGCCAGCUAAGGGAUUCAUUGCUGAAUGAGAUGGAGAACUGCAUUCUUCAUGAUUUGCUGGACAGAAAGACAGAAAAGAACCUGUCCGACAUCUUUCUUCGUUGUGCACUUUUGUCUAAUUUCCUUUAUGGCUCUGUUUUAACAAGGUUGAAAGACGAGAUAUCGCCUUUCCGUGCAAAACUUGGCAACUGCUUGUCAGAUUUAGUUGAUUCCACUGUUUCAACAGUUCAAGGAUCAGUAAGAGACGUCAAAGCUCAUACAUUCUGGGGUUCAAACCCCAUCUUUGACGGAACUUACUCUGUUGUUGUCUGCUUCAAGAGCUUUCUCAGUUGUCCGAUUUUCAUCGAUGAUGGAAAAGAAGAUACUAUCGACCCUGGGCUACGUAGAUCAAUUGUUCUUUGUAUUGAGAGGCUACUAAAGGCGUUUUCUAGUUUGUACCUAGAAUUUUCUAAUUGUGACCGAAACCUACAAAGUGAGACUGUCAACUCGGAGGUUUCAGGUUAUAGCUCUUCAGAUGAUAAGCCCUUCUCAUUGGGGGGAAGCAAAAGCAAGUUAAUAGACAUGGAUUUAGAUGUGGCUGCUGAUUCUAGUGAUGUUAUUGAUGGGACAACCGGGGCUGGAAAUUUUCUUUCUGGCUCAAGGUUAAAAGUGGACACAUUAUCACUAAUUGCAGGCUGUUUCUCAGUUUUGCCUAUUGCCACAUGGGAUAUUUUGUUUGAUAUUCUAAGUACUGAAAAUGAUUACAAGGUAUGUGAAAAUAUUUUGCACAGACUUUGCCAGAAUCCUCACUGGUCUUCUCCAAUGAAGCUGACUAAUUUGGUUGUUUUGGUGGAUGAAAUUCUUGAGCUUAAAGUGAGCCUAAGGCUUCCUUGCGUUGAUGUCCUAACUACAGUAUGUUGCUUAUUAGCAACGUUGCGUUGCAACGGGAAAGAUGAAGACGGGUUUCUGUCUUUGAAGGAAAGAUCUGAUGAGAAGAGCUUGAUGCCCCUUGGAGAUUUGAUGAACAAAGUGGCCGAGUGUAACUUACUUGAUUGGCUUGGACGUCGAAAGCUGGUUGAUUGUAUUUGUGAUAUAAUUUGUUUAAAUCCUCUGAUUGGCCAGACAAUGAUCCAACGGUUAUUUACAUUGUUGAAGGAUCCUGAUUAUCGAGUGAGGUUUAUUUUAGCUAGAAGAAUUGGUAUACUUUUUCUCACAUGGGAUGGACAUGAUGUGCUUUUUCAGGAUAUCUGCUCCAACUUUGGUCCAAAAUUGAUAAUGUUUUCAAAAGAGAAAGUUGUUACUGAAAAGGAGAUCCGGCGUGAUGAUUAUUCUUCUCAUCCAAUUAUGGAAACCAUCGUCAUCACUCUCAUGCAUGCUGCCUUUCAUAGUGAGAAAGUGGAAUCAGAGGCUGUUUUCAUGAUAUGUGUGAUUUCUGCAAUCGGUUGUUGUCAAAGGCAAUUGGUAAAAACAGUGCUAGAUAAUCUUGCAAGCAGACUCCAUUAUACAUGUCGGUCGAAGUACCUGGAAGAAUUAAUGGGUCAUAUCCUGUUUGGUUGGGUUGCCUGUGGCAUGAGCUUAUUUGCAUUUGUACAGAUAAUGGAUCUUUUUGGUUUAGAUGUUGAGCAAAAUCAUUUUCUGCUCUAUUGUUGUCCAUGGCUUCUACCUGCCCUUGUCCUGCAUGGCGAUAGCGCCAACCUUCAACGCUUAGCCGAGCUUACCAGGCAAUCUGUACCUGUCCUGGUUAGAAGUCACUUUGUCCCAGUCUUUUCCAUCUGUAUGGUGUUGUAUUGUAGCAAAACAGCUGGCUGGGAAAAGGGAUCAGCUGCACUUCAGAGCAAAAUUCUGCACUUUGCUGAGAUCUCUGAGGAUGAAAGGGAUAAGCUUAUAAAGAAACACAUGGUUACUAUAGUCUGUCAAAUCCUCAGUCUUGCUUCCUCUGCAUCAGACACUAUGGUUCCUUUGUUUUCGAGAAAGAUUGUUGACCUUGCAGUACGGACAGUAGUUGAUGGUUUUAUGGAGCUUGACACUCAUCCUUCAGGCGAGGGUGUUGUUGACAAGAUAAAUAUUUUUCGUCCCGAUAGAGUAUUCAUGCUUUUGGUAGAGUUGCAUUACAAAAUAACUGCGGCAGUUCAUGAAAGACAUAGGUCACACCGCUUAGCUGGAAUUGAGGUGCUCAUUAGUAUCCUUGGCCAUAGAGUAGCAGUUCCGAGCACUUCUUGUUACCUGUUCAAUUUGGUUGGUCAAUUAAUCAGUUCUCAGGCUUUGCAAGACCAAUGUUGUCGUAUGAUUUCCAUUUUGCUCAAAAUGUUCAAGACUAAUCCUUCCAGAGAGACAACUCACAUUCUUGGUGAACAGUUGCAGUUUCUGGUGUCAAAACUGGUUGCGUGUUGCAUACCCUUGGGAUCUAAUUCAGAUAAUUCAUGCAGUCCUUCAUCCCAAGUUUUGUCAUUGCUUCACCUCCUGACUGUGGAUUCUGAUCCAUCUCUCCAUGAUUACAUCAGAGAAUUUGAACCAUUCCCCGAGCUAGAGAUCUUUGACAGGAUAAGGAUUUUUCAUCUUGAGUUAUGCAAAGAUUACUCAGCAAGAGAUCACUUUCUGAAGUUUGUAAAGAGAUCUUGCCAUCUCCCGCCAAGAUUACUUCUAUGGAGUCUCCAAGCAUUUCACAGGAAGCUACUUGGUGGGGAGAGUUUCUGUGUUGAGGAGAAUGCUGCUGGAAGCAAUUCUACGGAUAAUAGCUGGCAAUCUGACCUGGAGAUAGUACAAGCUGUCUGGUCACUUGUUCGAAUAUGCGGCUCCCAGGAUGCAGACGCUCGGGCAUUGGUGUCCGAUCUCAUUUCUAAGGUUGGAAUUGGGGAUCCACGUUCAGUGGUUUUCCAUCUACCUGGUAAUUCAGGCCACAUGCAUGUUUGCGGAGCAUCAGAUGGAAACUAUGCGUCUGAAAAUAAAUUUGACUUGGAUGCUGUCACAUCUGAAGAACUGUUGAUUUCGCUAAUAAGGAAUUUGAAGAAAUAUUUGAUGGAUGAUUCUGUGAAAAUAGUUGAUUUAUCAUCGAGAACUCUUCGUGGUUUACUGUCGACUGAAAGAGGCAGUACAAUUUUAGGAUCUUUUGAUUCGUACGAAAAGUCUCUUAUUGAGGUUCAUUCAAAGGGAGUCAAUAUGCAGCUGGUUGAUAAUAUUUUAUUGGAUCUGCAAAAGAAGUUCAGUGCUGAAGGAAAAUCGUUAGAAGAGGCAUCUCUGUGGAAUACAUGUGACAAAACGUUUGAGUCCUGGAUAUGUCCGCUUGUUUACUCGCUGGUUGGGCACUGCAGUGAUAUCACCCUUAGGUUAUGUCAAGAUAUUGUAUUACUGAAGGCUGAAAUUGCUGAACUUUUACUGCCAAGUAUUAUGAUUAAUCUGGCUGGAAGAAAGGAUUUGGCAACUGAUUUUGGCCAUCUAAUCUCUGUCAAGGUAGAGCAGCAUAUACUUGUAGAGACGAAUAAGCUGACGAAGUCUAUUCAGGUGAUGUUGGAUGUGCUAAAUGAACUGCGACUGUGCAAUGUAAUGGAGAGAGCCGGUUCGGGUCCACUGUCUAAUAAAAAGGAAAUUGUGAAGGCUUCUCGGUCUUCUUCCGGGCAAGGUGCAAAAUCUCGGGCAUCUUUGAAGGCCCGAGGAUCAGCCACUGCACAUAGUACCUUGUUAAUCUCCACUCUGUUGUGGGAUAAGGUUUACUGGCUCAAUAUUGAUUACCUUACUGUGGCAAAGUCGGCAAUUUUCUGUGGGUCAUAUUUUACUGCUAUGCUGUAUGUUGAGUACUGGUGUGAAGACCAUUUCAAUAACCUUACACUUGGAAAGCCUGAUUUUUCUCAUGUUGAAACGUUGCCAAAACAUAUUGAGUUACUGCUCUCAGCUCUCACACGGAUAAAUGAGCCUGAUGGUUUAUAUGGGAUUAUUCAAUCCCACAAGUUGACCUCUCAAAUUUUGACCUUUGAACAUGAGGGCAACUGGAGCAAGGCUCUCAAAUAUUAUGAUUUACAAGUGAGGUUAGAGACAUUGGAGAAUUAUCAAAAGUACUCAACUGAUGAAAGCUCCCGAGCAGCUUCUUGUGCGUCCUUAUCGGAAACAGACCUAGCGGUGAAACUAAGAAAUCCUUACAAAGGGGUCAUUAGAUCUCUGCAACAAAUCGGUUGUUCCCAUAUCCUUGAUCUGUAUUGUCAAGGAUUGGCUUCUUGUAGAGGGGAGUUCCAACAUGAUUUAGAGUUUGUAGAACUGCAGUAUGAGGCCGCUUGGCGUUCUGGCAAUUGGGACUUCUCUAUGUUUAACAUAGGAGACACUUCUAUAGCUGCAAACCAGUUUACAAGAAGUGACCGUUUCAAUCAAAACCUGCAUAGUUGUUUGAGGGCAUUGCAAGAAGGAGAUUCCCGUGAGUAUUAUAAAGAAUUGAAGGAUUCCAAGCAGGAUCUUGCAUUGUCUCUUUAUCAUGCAAGUGAGGAGAGCACAGAGUGCAUCUACUCAACCAUAGUUAAACUACAGAUCCUUGAUCAUCUUGGUAUGACAUGGGAUUUGAGAUGGAGACCAUUGAGCAGAAGUACAAGUUCGUUGCGAGAAAAGCGUAGUGUGCUUUCUGAACCCGCUAUUCCAGCCUUGGAAGAGUUGUCGAGCUUGAAUACACAAUGGAAUUACAUCGUGAAGCAGACACAACUACACAUGAACUUGUUAGAGCCGUUUGUGGCGUUCCGGAAAGUCUUGCUUCACAUUUUGGGUUGUAAGGACUGUACAGUCCAGCAUCUUCUGCGAUCUUCAUCUGUUCUUCGCAAGGGUACCAUGUUCUCUCAAGCUGCUGCAUCUUUACAUGAAUUCAAAUUUAUGUGCAUCGAGUUGGGUGGCCAAAAUACAAGUUUGUACUGGCAUGGCAGGCUUGAAGAGGCCAAACUUCUGAGAGCACAAGGUCGGCAAGAGAUGGCCAUCAACCUUGCAAAAUAUAUUGCUGAAGAGAACCAAUCAAAUGAAGAUGCAUCAGAUGUACAUCGUUUGGUUGGCAAGUGGCUUGCAGAAACUCGUUCUAGCAACUCGAGGACAAUAUUGGAGAAAUACUUGAAGCGUGCUGUGACCUUUGCCGAGGAACUCAAAGCUGUCAACAGGAAAUCUGUGGACAAGAAGUGCCAGACACAUUUCCAUCUUGCACAUUAUGCGGAUGCUCUAUUUAGAAGUCAUGAAGAAAGGCUAAAUUCCAGCGAAUGGCAAGCUGCUUUGCGUUUGAGGAAACACAAGAAACUGGAAAUGGAAGCUCUCGUAAAGAGAUUCAGGAGUUCAACAAAGGGGGAGAAAACAGAUUAUUCACUAAAAAUACAGGAGCUGCAAAGGCAACUUACUUUAGACACUGAGGUGGCUGAAAAAUUACAGGAUGAUAGAGACAAUUUUCUUAACCUGGCACUGGAUGGGUAUAAACAUUGCCUCGUCUUAGGGGAGAAGUAUGAUGUCAGAGUGGUAUUCCGACUUGUUUCAAUCUGGUUUGGCCUCUCUUCUAGGCAAAAUGUUAUCAAGGCAAUGGCUAACACUGUUAAUGAGGUGCAGUCGUACAAGUUUAUACCGCUUGUCUACCAGAUUGCAUCUAGGAUGGGCAGCACAAAAGAGGUUCAAGGCCCUCAUAGCUUUCAGUUCGCUUUGGCUUCUCUUGUGAAGAAAAUGGCCAUUGAGCACCCGUAUCACACCAUACUGCAGCUCCUGGCUCUUGCCAAUGGUGACCGAAUAAAGGACAAACAACGCAGUAGAAAUUCAUAUGUGGUUGAUAUAGAUAAAAAGGUUGCUGCUGAAAAUCUUUUGAAAGAAUUACAAGCACAUCAUGGGAACAUUAUUAGACAGAUGAAACAACUGGUGGAGAUCUAUAUUAGACUUGCAGAGUUAGAGACAAAGAGAGAGGAUACCAACAAGAAGGUUAGCCUUCCAAGAGAUAUUCGAAGUGUUCGGGAACUCGAACUUGUACCGGUAUUGACGUCCAAUAUCUCUGUCGACCGUAGUUGUCAAUACAGUGAAGGGACGUUUCCUCACUUCAAAGGAUUGGGUGAUUCUGUUGUAGUGAUGAAUGGUAUUAAUGCUCCAAAAGUGGUUGAGUGCUACGGUUCUGAUGGUAAAACAUAUAGGCAAUUGGCAAAAUCUGGAAAUGAUGAUCUAAGACAAGAUGCGGUUAUGGAGCAAUUUUUUGGCUUGGUUAACACAUUUUUACACAAUAAUCAAGACACAUGGAAAAGAAAAUUAGGAGUACGCACAUAUAAGGUUGUCCCUUUUACUCCUAGUGCUGGUAUUCUUGAGUGGGUAGAUGGUACUCUUCCCCUGGGUGAAUAUCUUAUAGGAAGCUCGCGCAAUGGAGGAUUACAUGGGCGCUAUGGUGCAGGAGAUUGGUCAUUUUCUAAAUGCCGGGAGCAUAUGAUGAAUGUGAAAGACAAACGCAAGGCAUUUCAGGAUGUCUCUGAAAACUUCAGGCCUGUCAUGCAUUUCUUCUUCCUUGAAAGAUUUUUGCAGCCAGCUGAUUGGUUUGAGAAAAGGUUGGCUUACACUCGAAGUGUCGCAGCCAGCUCAAUGGUAGGCUACAUUGUUGGACUGGGAGAUCGACAUUCUAUGAACAUCUUAAUUGAUCAGGUUACUGCAGAAGUUGUUCAUAUUGAUCUUGGUGUAGCUUUUGAACAAGGCUUGAUGCUUAAAACACCAGAGCGGGUACCAUUCAGACUUACCCGAGACAUAAUAGAUGGGAUGGGCGUGACCGGAGUUGAAGGUGUUUUCAGAAGAUGUUGUGAGGAAACACUUGCCGUGAUGCGGACAAAUAAAGAAGCUCUCCUGACUAUUAUUGAAGUAUUCAUCCACGACCCUCUUUAUAAAUGGGCUCUAUCUCCACUUAAGGCAUUACAGAGGCAAAAGGAAACAGAGGAUGAUUUAGAGACUAGCUGGGAAGACUCGCAAGAUGAAUGUGAGGGGAAUAAGGAUGCUGCACGUGCACUGAUGCGUGUUAAACAGAAACUAGAUGGAUAUGAGGAUGGUGAAAUGAGAAGUGUUCAUGGACAGGUUCAACAGCUGAUCCAAGAUGCAAUUGACCCAGAGAGGCUAUGCCACAUGUUCCCCGGGUGGGGUGCAUGGAUGUGAAUACACAAGUAAUUAGCCCUCAAAUUUCUUUGUAUAGUUCUGUAUAUCUUUUUAGUGAGUAAAUCAGUAAAUGUGACCAUAUUGAUUAUUGAGGCUGUAUAUGUAUUCAAAGGUGCUGAUCUAACGAGUUAGAGAAACGUACAGUGAGGUUCAUUCUUUUUUGGGUACGAACCUUGUAUUUAUGAUGUAAACGAAUCUCAUUGUAAUCAAAGUAAACGUUGUCCUCGGCCUCUUGCCUUGAGAUACC